AAAAAAAACAAAACCCAGAGUUAAUUUCUUGUAGCAUGUUCGAGCUGGCCAAAGACGUAAAGGGGGCUCCGACUCUCAACUUCUGGGGUUCAGGGGUGUUGAUUUAGGUUGCGGUUAAUCGGACGGGGGUCUGGGAGCCCUGGCCGUGCUGCUAAACGUCCUGCCGCCAGCAGAAGGCUCUUUCCCUGCAGCAAAUGGAAAGGCAGCAUGGCUAUAAAGCCCCAAAGCCACCCCUGAGGCAACCCCUGCUUGAAAAGCAAGCUAAAAUUAAUUACGUGAUACAUAAAGUACUAACGGGAUGACGGACAAACGCCGGGCAGAGGUAUUAAUGAUUUUCCCCUGGUACCUCUUCUUUCAAAAACACCGUAUCUAGUCGUGAUUUAAUCUAGGGACAUCCAAGACGGUGUUUGACUUCCGCAGAGAAGGCGCAGCGCAGCACGUUUAGGUGCUUUUGGGCUGUUGUAGCCGAGUCCGGUUGUAGUAAACCUCAAGACCUGCAGCGAAAAGGGAUCCAGCCACGGUUUCCACUCACGAUGCAGACCCCGAGGAGCUGCCAGCAACUAGUGAAGGCUCCGAGACAGCGGCUAUGGCCGAGGAGAGCACAUUUACCGGUCAGGAGCGACUCCUGAAGAGAGUGCAGGAGCUGGAAGAGGAGGUGAAGUGGCUGCAGGAGAAGCUCCGAGAGGACAAGGAGGGCGCCGGGAGAAGAGAGGCUCCUUCAGCCCCCAGGAAAGCCAAGAAACGCCAACAACGGCCGUUCGAUUUCGGCGCCCACGGCCGCAGACACGUGGCACUGAAGAUCGCCUACCUGGGCUGGGGCUACCAGGGGUUUGCCAGCCAGGAGAACACCAGCAACACCAUCGAAGAGAAACUGUUUGAAGCCCUGAAGAAGACGCGGCUGGUAGAUGACAGACAGACCUCCAACUACCACCGCUGUGGGCGGACGGACAAAGGAGUCAGCGCCUUUGGACAGGUGAUUUCCCUAGAUCUCCGCUCAAACCUGUCGGAGGGGAAGAAGCUAAAUGGCCACGAGGGUGACUCAGAAGGCAGAAGCGAGGGGGAGGAGGAGCUCCGCUACACCCAUAUUCUGAACAGGGUGCUCCCGCCCGACAUCCGGGUGCUGGCCUGGGCCCCCGUGGAGCCCGAUUUCAGCGCCCGGUUCAGCUGUCUCAAGAGGACCUACCGCUACUUCUUCCCCUGCGCCGACCUUGACGUGGCCCUCAUGCAUGCCGCAGCCCAGAGGUACGUGGGGACCCACGAUUUCCGUAACCUGUGUAAAAUGGACGUCGCCAACGGGGUGGUCAACUUCCAGAGAACGAUCCUCAGCGCUGGAGUGACAUGGGUGGAGAGAGGAGGAGAAACCGGGCCGCAGGAUCCCUUCCGUCUGUGCCAGUUUGAAGUGACGGGACAGGCGUUCCUCUACCACCAAGUCCGCUGCAUGAUGGCGAUCCUCUUCCUCAUCGGCCAGAAGAUGGAGAGCCCGGAGAUCAUUGACGAGCUGCUGGAUGUAGAGAAGAACCCCCAAAAACCGCAGUACAGCAUGGCCGUCGAGUUUCCCCUCGUCCUGUACGACUGCGAGUUCGAAAACCUUCAGUGGCUCUACGACCGAGAAGUGCAGGAGUUCAAUGUUACCCACCUACAGCAGCUCUGGGCCAACCACGCAGUCAAAACUCAAGUGCUACGUAACAUGUUAGGAGGGUUAGAUGUUGCUCCCGUGGCUACUGGAAAAAGCCCGGGGAACAACACACCCAUCCUCUGGGGAGAUAUGAAGCCUCCGCUCUGCAGCCAGGUCAGCGGCUUUGUGGAAGGCGUCAAAGCCCGCACCUACAAACCUUUACUGGCCCGCCCCAAGUGUGAGGGGCUGGAGGCCCGCAUCCGCCACUUUGUGCGGAGGGGUCGCAUCGCGACCCCCUGGGGCCUGGAGCUGGGGGGGGAUGGAGACGAGCAGCCCCCCGAGACCAAGAGGAGCCACUGCAGCGAUGCCCCGGGGAGCGGCCGUGCCACGGAGCAGCCACCCAAGCGGGUCUGUGUGGACCUUGAGUGAUGGUGACGGGUCACCUCAGUGGGAGAAGGGCGGCUUGCUGCUUUCGUUGUUUGUUUUUUUUUAAUUGGG